AUGAAUCUUAAUCAUCUUGAAGGAUUUGUGAUCGGUCAUAGCGACCCAACGAACGAGUUGCACGAGGAGGGGUGUGACUUGGAGGAGCUACGAGCUCUUUCCAAGCUUAGAUGUCUGAGAAUAUACCGGCUAGAGAGGGCAGUAACGAGAGUCUCAGUAUUCGUGGAUAAAAUUCUUCUCAAGGAGUUGACUUUAUAUUGGAUAUCUCCAGAAGAAGAUGGCGAUGAUGAGGGGGACGAUGGUGAGGGUGAUGGAGAUGGCAGAAACUACGAUGAUGAUGAUGAGGAAGGAAAUGAAGAGGACAACGGAGAUGAGGAUGAGGGCCAUGGAGUCACAUGGACUGAGCAGCAGUUCCAGGCAGUUGAGAAGUUAUGCGAUGAACUCUCUCCCCCAUCCAGCCAGCAAGAUCUUACCAUUCGACGAUUCCCCGGUCGGCAACUCCCAUGCUGGUUGAUGUCAACCUCACUAGACAAAUCCUUCCCUAAUCUGGCAUUUUUGAAGUUUUGGUACCUCAAAUCAUGCACGGAACUGCCUCCUCUAGGCAUGUUGCCCCUUCUAAAACAUCGUGACAUCACCGGCGGUGAAGCCAUCAAAACCAUUGGGCCUGAGUUUCUGGGCCGCAAGUUCCCUGGAGCUUCCGCAUUUCCAAAACUUGAACAUCUGGAGUUUGACGAAAUGCCCAACUGGGAAGAAUGGUCAGUAUGCGGGAUGGAAGAAAAUGGUCAGGGACCGCACCUCAAGCUCUUUCCUAAUCUGAAGAUAUGCAAGAUGAUAGACUGUCCGAAACUGAGAGCUCUUCCAGAAGGCCUAUCCCAUGCUACCAAGUUGAAGGAAUUGUAUCUUGAUAGUACUCAAGACUUGAGAGAAAUCACAAACCUCCGCUUGAAUUACAAGCUCGAGGUCAAAGAUAACACGAUGCUGAAUAGAUUAUCCAACCUUUCCAUGAAGUAUCUGAAGGUGGAAGAUUGUCCGAAUCUGGAGUACGUGGAGAAUCUCGACAGGUUGCAACAGCUGGUCCUGAUAUGUCCACGACAAAUGAAGCAACUUCCGCAGUGGCUGUCAACCCUAAUUCGGCAGCGCCAAAGCAUUCCUUCCGCUCAGUGGAGCUUCAGAAAACUGGAACUGCAAUGCAACAUCGUGUUGCUGAAGAGCUGUCUCGUGGGCAACGAGAAUUGGCAUAUCAUUCAACAGAUUCCAGAUGUCAUAAUUCAAACCUAUUCCAGGAAAAAGUAUAUUCGAUAUAGUAAGCAUCCACGCAUGUACGAUGCAAAAGUAUGA